UCCUCUAUUAAUCUGUGCAUUUCAGAGUUGUCAAUUCGGAGGACACUGUGCUAGAGGAUCAAGGCAAGGAUUUUUGCUGGUUUGCCCUUCUGUUCUUUCCAGAUCUACCAUCUGUGUACCAGAAUCCUAUAAUUUGAGAAAAUCAUCUGUGGAAUCAUGGCCGAAUCUCAAGUGAACGACAACACUUGCGUAGUAUGUUUUAAGACGGUCGUUUACUACUCCAUCGGGGAAUGCGACCACCCUGUGUGCUUCGAGUGUUCGACUAGAAUGCGCGUUCUUUGCCAACAGAACGAAUGCCCUAUUUGUCGUCAAGACCUGGCGAGGGUGGUGUUUACUGAAACAGUACAACCGUACAAGGAGUUGCGCAAUAGAGUUUUCUCUGACAAACUCUUUGAGAGACAGUACAAGAUAGGUUUCAGCAGUGAAGAGAUCAAGAGGCAGUAUGAGCUGUUGCUUGAGAACCGAUGUACGGAUAAGAUGUGCAAGGAUAAGAUGCCCUUCCGUACAUUUAGUAUGCUUAGCGAUCAUAUGAGGAAGGCCCAUGAGCGGUAUUACUGCGAUCUAUGUGUUAAACAUUUGAAGAUCUUCACCAGUGAGCGUAGAUGUUACACGCGGCAGGAGCUCGCUCACCAUCGACGGAAAGGCGAUGUGGACAACACAUCCCACAGAGGACACCCGCUAUGCGAAUUUUGCGAGGAGCGUUUCAUGGACGCGGAUGAGUUGUAUCGUCACUUGCGGAAGGAGCACCUGUAUUGUCACCUGUGUGACGCGGACGGCAGGAACCUGUACUACGCAUCACAUUCCGCACUGGCGCACCACUUCCGCACUGAGCAUUACCUGUGCGAGGAGGGCGAGUGUGCGGGACAGCAUCUUACUGCUGUGUUCAGAAGUGAGAUCGAUCUGAAAGGUCACAAGGCGACGGUGCACGGGCGGGGCAUGCCGCGCGGCGCCACGCGGCAGGCGCGGACUUUAGAGCUGCAGUUCAACAUCACACCGCAUCCUGUCGUGCAAAGGGUGCCCAGGGAUAGAGACCGUCAAGAGCAGGCUCCGCCGGUGAGCUUGCCGGCGGCCCCACAAGCGUCCAUCAACCCGCAGAGCGACGAGCAGUUCCCGCGCCUGUCCGCCGCGCAGCCUUCGCACGCGCCGCUUAUCGCGGGCCCCGCGCGGGCGGGCUACAGAGGAGCGGAAGGUCUAACGCGCAAUGACAGGAACUUCCCAGCGCUGGACGGCUCGAGUGGGCCUGCUGUGCCUCGCCCACAGUCCAUGCGGCCGGCCCAGCCAGUCGCCGCCACUGUUCUCAGGAAUUCGUCCAAACCCAGCGUCUCGAUCCAACUCCACAGUCAGCCCAGCGCCAGCAACUUCCGGCUGACGCAGACCAGCGGCAACCGCAUCUCCAUCCCGCCGCAGAAGAAGCAGCAGUCCGCCAACAACUUGUCUGACGACGACUUCCCCUCGCUCGGCCUCGCCAGGGACGACCAUCCCAGCAUCGGCGCGGGCACCGUACAGGCAUCUAAGGUCACGUUGAUCAACAGCGACGAGAUGCGAGCCUUCAAGAGCAAUCAAACAAACAGUCAGCCGAAGAAAGCGCAGCUCGGCACCGAAGCUUUCCCCGCGCUGUCUUCAUCCUCCGCUCCAACUGCUCCACCACAAUGGAUCACCGUCUCCAAGUCCAAGGAGAAAGGAAAACCCAAGCCAGAUCCACCUCCCGUCUCCGCGCGAGAAAGUGGGUUCAAUCCCAUCGCGGACUUCCCAACCCUCCCAAUAAACACCAAAACAAAAACCAAGAAAUCCCAACCACAACUGCAACCCCACCCAAAGCCUCAACCCCAACCAACCAACAAUAACAUCUCCACCGAAAGUAACAAGAACAAAAAGGAAAAGAAGAAACAGAACAAAACCCAAAACCCUGUUGACUUUGAUCUCGUGAACGGAGUCAACGAUCUGAACAUGAAGAGAGAGUACCUUGCAGCCAGCGUCAACAACAACAACUACAGUGCCGACACCGACAGGAAGAUCAAAACUAUCAGUGACACUCCGGCCGUGCACAAGAACACUGGAAAUGGAGAUUUCAAUUUAGCUCUAAAGGAGUAUCCUCCUUUGAAUCCUUGGGCGGACAACUUUGUACCUCCGAGUGUUAAGACGGAGAAUUUCGCGAGCAAAAUUGUGCAAAACGGGAGUGCUCCGCCCGGUCUUAAGAAGCGGCCGCCGUGCGAUGGAAUGACCUUCACCAAUUCGGCCGGACAGACGUUUCCUGCUCCAGUCCAUUCGUACAUCCCUCCACCGGAUUUCGAGCAACGGAAUAGAGCGCUGGUUAAACAGUUCGCUGUGGCUCUGGGUGGCGCCGCGGCCGUCGAGGACUUCAAAGUGGCUUCACGAGCUUUCCGGGACAGUAUCAUAAGUGCUGACGAGUUCUAUCUGCAUUGCCAGGCCGCUUUGGGGUCCCAAUUGGAAACUGUUUUUCCGGACUUGGUUGCGUUGCUCCCGGACAUUGCGAAGCAGCAGGAGUUAGUUAUCGGAAGGGAUAUUAGUGCUAAGCUGGAGGUUUGUUCCACUUGUGGGCAGUUGUUGUCGCCAAACGACCAGAUUGCUCACGACACAGCGCACUGGCCUCCACUCUCGUCCCGUUAGAAUCGUAAUAACUGUGAUAAAUUCAUUUGUGUUCACAUGUUCAUCUAGAAUCUAGUGAUUAGUGACUCGGGUCAUGCUUGACAGUGAUCUUAUAUUACGUCACACUAAAUUAUUUAAUUAAUCGAAUCCUUUUGAUCUAUCUAUCCUACCCAGAGUUUUUUCGUGAAGACGAAAGUAGGUAGUUUGGUCCGUCGUUACAUUUCAUAAACUAUGCUCAGUAUUGUAUAAUAUCACUCGAUUUGAUUAGCGAAAUGGUCUAAUUGACUUGUUCUUUUAACAUCCCCUGGGAGGUAAACAUAUCCCUAAGGGAUAUGGCCAACUCCCGGUUUUUGCCAUUUCAUUGUGACAUAUAGAUGAACAAAUUAUGUUAUACAUGAGUUAAUUCUUGCUAAAGAAGUUGUAGACAACAAAAAGUUGUAGUUCUGGGUUAUUUAAAAAAAAAAUAUCAGUUUUAGUGUAGUUUUAAUCGUAUUUUGUUACUGUUUACUCAUUGCUAAGCCAUAUCUUGAAAUCUCGUAACCUUUUUUCCCAAGUAAGUUUUAAUUUUGCGUAAAACUACGGAUGAUUAGUUAGAAAAAUCUUAAAAAAGGAUAUUUCUGAAGUGGCCGCCGCUCUGACGACGAAGCUGGUCCACCAGUACUCAAUGGCACUUCCCCCAUUUCGUAAGCUUUUCCUGAUUUUUAUUUGUUAUUUAUUAUUUUGUGUGACGUAAUAUUAAGUAGGUACAUAUAUAGAUCGCCACUAAAUAAACAAAGUCCGAAUCACGGUGCUUAUUCUUUGAUUUUGCAAAUACUUUACUUCUGGUUCAUAUAAAUGUAAAGAUCAGACAUUAAAGAAUAAUAUAAUUUCAAUGUUCGUCUAGAAUAAGCCUUGCAAUCAAACACAUUUGUUGUGAU